ACCAUUAAUUUAGGUGUAAGUCGCGAAGAUGUUUUGAAAAUAGUUAGUAUUUUCAAUAUGAAACCACAGUUAGUCACUCGGCCGAAAGCACUACCACCUCGUGAAAAAUGUCAUAAGCGUUCCCCCAUCAUUACUAUCAUGGGUCAUGUUGAUCAUGGUAAAACAACGCUGCUCGACUGCCUUCGAAAAUCGCGCAUUGUUGAAUCGGAAUUCGGGGGCAUAACUCAGCAUAUCGGCGCUUUUACAUUAAAUGAUUGCGAUACUCAAAUGACUUUUCUGGAUACACCUGGGCAUGCGGCAUUUGCGAAAAUGCGACAGCGUGGAGCUCAAGUAACUGAUAUUGUUGUAUUGGUUGUGGCCGCUGAAGAAGGUGUAAAAGACCAAACAGUACAGUCGAUCAAAUUUGCUAAAGAAGCUGGUGUGCCUAUCAUAGUUGCCAUUAACAAAUGCGAUAAGCCCAAUGCUAAUCCUUUACGAGCUAAACAAUCCUUAAUUGAACAUGGUGUUGUGGUCGAGGAUUUCGAUGGGGAUAUUCUCUCAGUCGAAAUUUCGGCUUUACUUGGAAAAAACAUCGAUUCUCUCAAACAGGCUAUACUUCUGUUAGCUGAAGAUCUUGAUUUAUUUUCAACGUCGGAGGGUAGAAUUGAAGGAACAAUUAUUGAAUCAACAAUGGUUCAAGGCCUAGGUGGUGUCUGUACAAUGAUUGUUCAAAGGGGUACGUUAAGGAAAAAUUCAAUUUUAGUUGCUGGUACGUCAUGGUGUAAGGUUCGUACAAUGACUGAUGAGUUUAAUAAAACAGUGGAUGAAGCUGGUCCGAGCAUUCCAGUUCGAGUUUCUGGCUGGAGGAAUGAAUUAGUCAGUCCAGGUGAAGUCGUAAUCGAGGCAGAAAGUGUUGAUCAUGCUCGCAAAGUUACGCAGUGUAGGAUUGCUAAAAAUAAGGCUGCCAAAAGGGAUGAAGAAUUAAAAGCCAUCGAAAAACAAAGAGAGGAAGAUCGAAUGAAUUAUUUAUUAAAUCGAAAAGCUUUAUAUAAUAGAGGCAUUCGUCAUGGUUCUGUCAAUCGGAUGAUAGUGCAUAAAGAACAUCGUUUUACAAAAGAAAUGGUGGACGACGGUCAUCCUAAAUUAAAAAUUAUGAUAUUUAGCGAUGUUGAUGGCACCUUGGAAGUUCUUUUGAACGUAAUCGAUUCAUAUUCAUCACCAGAAGUCGAUCUUCAAUUAGUAGAUUUUGGUGUAGGAGCACCAAACGAAAAUGAUCUUGAAAUCGCAUCGGAGUUAAAUGCUGUUGUUUAUUGUUUCAACAUAACAGUUCCUAAGGCGAUAACAAUGUUAGCUGAACGUUUGCAUAUCAGAAUUUUGUCAUUCAAUGUGAUAUAUCAUUUGGUAAAUAAUUUGAAACAGCUUCUAAAUGAUCGGGUUCCAUUAAAAAAGGAAUUCAAAUUGGUUGGCGUUGGUGAAGUCUUAAGGAUGUUCCUCGUUCCUUUGUUCAAUGACAACAAGCAGCCUAUUGCAGGAAUCCGAAUUAUUUGGGGAAUUUUCGAUAAGUCAUGUAAAUAUCGUAUUAAACGAAAGAAUAAAUUAAUAUGUGAAAGCCAUGCCAUUUCAAUGAAAUGUGAAAAUGAGGUAAUUAAAUCAGCAAAGGAGAACCAGGAAGUAGGUCUUGCAUUCAAUGAUUAUACUUUGAGGUUUAAAAAACACGACUCGGUGGAAGCGUAUCAGGAGAUUUGCGCAAAAGUAACAAUUAGUUGGAAUCCUCCUGGAUUUUAA